AUGGCUUCCUACAAUCGUAAACGGAAGCGGGAAGUUCAAUCUGAUAUGGAUGAUGGUGAUUUGAGUUUUACGGUUGAGGGUUGCAGUUUCCUUGCACCAGCUACUUCAAAGAGAAGGCGACAAACUAUUCAUGGCAGCCAAAUCCGUAACUCAUCAAAACCGAAAUUUUCCACCAGCACUAUUCAAAGAGGAAAACGUAAAAAUGAAGAAAAAGAAGUUCAAGACAAUUUACGUGGAACAUUACGAAGGCGUCUAUCUAGCAAAUUAUAUCAGCAUAAAAUGAAGAAAUUACAGGACUACUCAUUGCCAUUGAAAGAAAUGGACAAUUUUUCUAUCCUGAGGUCAAUGAGUUCAAAUUGUAAAACCAAAGAAGCUGUUCCAAAGACUAAAACAAAACCAACUUUUACCAUGCCCAGUCUUCCUGAAAAUGAAGUGUCGAAGCCAAAGAAAAAAGUAAAGGUGAAAUCAACUGAAACUCAAAGAUUCUAUACAGUAGUGGAGUCUGAUUAUCGAUAA